GAGGUGACAGGCCGACACAUGAACGCUCCGAGCGGGGGACUACAGGACGAACAGCGGUUCCCCUCCAGCGCAGAAAAUAAACACCAUCACCGACGAUAUCAUCACCGGGCGUCUGUUGGGAAAAUACACCUUUCACUGACAGCGAUGUUGAAUUAUGUGGAGAUCCAGGUGAAUAACAGGGACUAGCUGCUGGAAGAAGGAGAGGAAACCAUCGCUGGAGAUGGACUGCAGGUCGGUGAUAACAUCUCAAAUCUGUGUCAAUAACGAUGACUCCCGUCCUCGCUGUUUGAACAUGCUGCUCGGGUAGCGAAGCCGAAAGAGAGGAGCGUCUAGCCUUCACUUCUCUGGACACACACACCCUCACACACACCAGGAGUUGGCCAAAUUCAAGCUCAACCAUGCUGAUUAAGGAGUAUCGCAUCCCCAUGCCGAUGAGCGUGGAGGAGUACCGCAUCGCGCAGCUCUACAUGAUCCAGAAGAAGAGCCGAGAGGAGAGCUGUGGGGAGGGCAGCGGCGUGGAGAUCCUGGAGAACAAACCCUACGAGGACGGGCCCGGGGGCUCGGGGCAGUACACUCACAAAGUGUACCACAUCGGGAAGCACAUCCCGUCCUGGUUCUGUGCCAUCCUGCCUCAGGCGGCGCUCCGAGUGGAGGAGGAGUCCUGGAACGCCUACCCAUACACCCGCACCCGGUACACCUGUCCCUUUGUAGAGAAGUUCUCUAUAGACAUUGAGACGUAUUACAAACCAGACACUGGAAAUCAGGUGGAUGUCUUCAAUAUGUCUUCUGCUGAAAAGAGACAGAGGACUGUCGACCCCAUAGACAUCGUAAAGGACUACAUCCCCCCACAUGAAUACCUGGUGGAAGAAGACCCUAAGCUGUAUCAGUCGGUGAAAACCAAACGGGGUCCGCUGUCAGACGACUGGAUCGAGGAGAUCAACCAGAACCUCGGUGAAUGUCCCGUCAUGUGUGCCUACAAACUCUGCAAAGUGGAGUUCAGAUACUGGGGCAUGCAGUCCAAGAUUGAACGCUUCAUACACGACGUGGGCCUGCGUAAGGUGAUGGUGCGUGCCCACAGACAGGCUUGGUGCUGGCAGGACGAGUGGUACGGCCUCACCAUCGAGGACAUCCGGCUGCUGGAGCUGGAGACGCAGCUGGCUUUAGCCAAGAAGAUGGCCCAGUUCAGCCUGACUGAGGAGGGGGGGGCGGAGACGUCCGUCGGCCAGGACCAGGAGCAGGGGGCUCAGGCCGGGGGCUCGGCUGUAGAGGGAGAGGGGGGGAAGCUGGGAGACUCCCUGGAGACACGAGGGGAGCUCACCAAGCAGUGGUCCACCUCCUCCAGGUCCUCCAACAGGUCGUCCAAGAGAGGCGGGAGUCCGUCUCACCAGAACAUUUCAGAGUGGAGGAUGCAGAGCAUCGCCCGAGACUCGGAUGACAGCACAGACGACGAGUUCUUCGAUGCUCAUGAGGACUUUUCUGACAACGAGGAGAUGUUUGCCAAAGAGAUCACCAAGUGGAGCUCCAACGAUCUGAUGGACAAGAUAGGAACAAACGAGAUGGAUGAUGCACAAGAAACUAUGUAUCAGGAGUCGGGUGGGGAGUAUGCUGUGAUGAGUAAUGAUGAGAGGCAGAUGGAGGACUGUUCAUCUCAGCAGUGUCUCCAGACGUCCAAAACUCACGUCCUCGUUCUGGUCCUGCAUGGAGGAAACAUUCUGGACACUGGCUCUGUUGAGCAGAGCGGCAAGCAGGCGGAUAUAAACACGCUGGGCGGGGCCUUUGAGACGGUGAUGAGGGUCCACUACCCCGCAGUGCUGGGACGCAUCGCCAUCCGGAUGGUCCCCUGUCCUGCUGUGUGUGUGGACGCAUUCGCACUCGUCUCCAACCUCAGCCCCUACAGCUACGACGAAGGCUGCCUGUCCAGCAGUCAGGACCACAUCCCUCUGGCCGCGCUGCCCCUCUUAGCCACCGCCGCACCACAGUACCAAGAAGCCGUGGCCACCGUCAUCUUACGAGCCAAUCAGGUGUACAACGACUUCCUCAAGUCUGUGGAGGGAUCGUCUUUCAACGGCCAGGUGUGUGUUAUUGGUGAUUGUGUUGGAGGCAUCCUGGGGUUUGACGCUUUGUGCAGCAGCUCGGUGAUGGUGUCAGAAAGCCAGAACAGCAGCAGGCGGGGCAGCGCCAUCAGUGUACAGGACACAGACCUCCUCUCUCCGGGUAUCAUCAUCAACAGCGGCUCUCCUUCCUCCUCGCCGACCCUCGAAGGAAGCCGCCAUCUCAGCCGCAGCAACAUCGACAUCCCCCGCUGCUCAGGGCCCGACGACCCCAAGAGACAACUUCCACGCAAACGCAGCGACUCGUCCACCUACGAGCUGGACACCAUCAAACACCACCAGGCCUUCCUGUCCAGUCUCCACUCCAGCGUGCUCCUCGGGGAGCCCGGGUCUCGGCGCUCCAGCAGCAGCACCAUGCUGGAAGGAGGCAGUUUGGGGAAGUUUGACUUUGAGGUGACCGACUUCUUCAUGUUCGGCUCUCCUCUGGGGCUGGUGCUCGCUCUGAGGAAGACGGUGGUGCCCUCUUUAGAUGUGUCGGCUCUGCGUCCGGCCUGUCAGCAGGUGUACAACCUGUUUCACCCCGCCGACCCCUCGGCUUCGCGCCUCGAGCCUCUCCUGGACAAACGGUUCCACCUGCUGCCUCCCUUCAGUGUCCCUCGAUACCAGCGCUUCCCUCUGGGCGAUGGACACUCGGCUCUAUUGGUUGAGACGAUGCAGAGUAACCCUCAGCUUCUGAUAGAGUCUGUUGGUGCAGUUUCUCACCGCCACCAGGACUUCACCGUCAAUGAGACGUCCAUCCCAGUGCCCGUCCUAAACUGGCAGCUCCACACAGACACUGACUCUCUUCAGUCACAUAUUUUCGUCGACGGCCCCCUCCCCACGUCCCCGGGCGUCCCUCACCUGCGCUGCACCCGCAGGUCCAGCAGUGCCAGCAUCGCCAGCCAGGUGUCGGGCCUUGCCGACUCGUACACCGCCUCCAACAUCGCCACCAUUGCUUCUCGCUGGUGGGGCAGUAAGAGGAUGGACUACGCUCUGUACUGCCCUGACGCUCUGACUGCGUUCCCCACGGUCGCUCUGCCUCAUCUCUUCCACGCCUCCUACUGGGAGUCCACAGACGUCGUCUCCUUCUUACUCAGACAGGUGAUGAGACAUGAGAACUCCAGUAUUUUGGAGCUGGAUGGUAAAGAAGUGUCUGAAUUCACUCCAUCCAAACCUCGGGAGAAGUGGCUCCGCAAGAGGACUCAUGUUAAAAUUCGGAACGUGACAGCAAACCACAGAGUGAACGACGCCGUGUUCGUGGAGGACGGAGCCCAGAUGGUGAUGGGACGUUUUAUGUACGGCCCCCUAGACAUGGUCACCCUCACUGGAGAGAAGAUUGACAUCCACAUCAUGACCCAGCCUCCCUCUGGAGAGUGGGUGUACUUCAACACGGAGCUCACCAACAGCAGCGGACGCGUCUCUUAUGUGAUCCCUGAGGGCAAGAAGCUGGGUAUCGGGGUUUAUCCUGUCAAGAUGGUCGUAAGGGGAGACCACACAGUUGCAGACAGCUAUAUUUCUGUGGUACCACGAGGAACAGAGUUUGUUGUUUUCAGUAUUGACGGCUCAUUCGCUGCCAGCGUGUCUAUAAUGGGCAGCGAUCCAAAAGUCCGAGCUGGAGCUGUGGAUGUGGUGAGAUACUGGCAGGACUUGGGCUACUUGAUAGUAUAUGUAACGGGUCGUCCGGACAUGCAGAAGCAGCGCGUGGUGGCCUGGCUCUCUCAGCAUAACUUCCCUCACGGCAUCGUCUCCUUCUGCGACGGACUGGUACACGACCCGCUCCGGCACAAGGCCAACUUCCUAAAAUGUCUCAUCAGCGAGGCCAACAUGAGGAUCUUUGCUGCCUACGGCUCCACCAAGGACAUCUCAGUGUACUCGUCUCUUGGCCUGCCUUCCUCCCAUAUCUACAUCGUGGGAAGGCCCACCAAGAAGAUGCUGCAGCAGUGUCAGUUCAUUCCAGAUGGCUACGCUUCCCACCUGUCCCAGCUGGAGUACAAUCAGAGGUCCCGCCCGGCCAAGUCGGCCAGCACCCGCAUGGUCCUCCGCAAGGGCAGCUUUGGGCUGGGGGCAGCCGGAGGAGACUUCCUUCGCAAGCGCAAUCACAUCUUCCGCACCAUCUCCACAAAGAAGUCUGCGGGGGCGGGGUCGGCCUCUCCAAACCCGACGGGGCGGACGGAGCGAACCCUCAGCCAGUGUGAGAUGGAGCGGGAGCGAGCGACCGGGCCAGCGACCCAGAGGAGUAUGAGUAUUGCUGCAGGGUGCUGGGGUCGCACGGGGAGCGGCAAGGAGGGCAGUGGAGGGUUACUCGGCCCUAAAUAAGGUUCAGAUUGGAGCUGUGGUGGUAGAGGACGCUGCCUGAGUCAACAUGAUCUCUGGAUUGGACCCAGAGAGAAGAGUGGAAGAAGAAAAGGUGGAAGGAGGGUUUGAAUUUUAGGAAAUAAAGGAAUAGGUGGUUAUAGCAUGAAAACACUUGAUCAUCAGUGAUAGAGAAGGAUCUGUCCAGGAGGAGAGGACUAAUCAGGCCAAAUGGGAUCCAGCGAACAAAAGACAAUUCUGUAGCAUGACUCUUUUACAGUAAUACUUUUAUAGGAUACAUUAUAAACUAUAGAAAAUGGUGACAAGGAAGGAUUAAAUGAAAUAUUGUAAGCCUUAAACUAAUCUCGUAUAACGGGACCCCACCUCCAUACACACACACACACACACACACACACACACACACACACACACACACACACACACACACACACACACACACACACACACAUUUAAACAACACACUGUCCAUUCACACUCAUGAGCUCAGGACAAACUGCAGAGCCAGAUUCAUCUUCAAACAAUCGAGCACGGGUUUGAGGCCAAGUUGACUGGCAGCCAUGACAAAGAGUUGAAGACUUUCACUACUGUUUCUGUCCCAAUGUCAGCUGAGCAACAACAUGUUUCAAUCACAUCCCUCUACCCAGGAAUGACUGGCAAUCAGUACAGAAUACAGUCAGCUCAUCCUAAUUACAUAAAGGAAAUAGUUUCUCACUUUUCUCUACCAUGCAGGUACUUUUGGGUUCAAUUUUAAUCGUUCACGCGCUUCUGUUUCUCCCGCUGUUGCCUCACUGAUUCAAGAAAGUGAGAUGAUAAUUCAUCUUUAUCUGUGACUCAAACUGUGCCGUGUUGGGUCCUUAUAUUUUAAGCAAUUGGCCCUCGAAACAAGUCCUUGAACUUAAUAUUCAAGAACGUCUGGUAACCGUGCAUUUAGCUCAUGUGCAGCCUCAUUAGCACCUAGCUGCAGAAUCAGUCUUAUUUAAAUGCUAGUUUCCAAUGCUGCAAGGACCACAAUUGCAGUGAGGUGGAGACAGAAACUAUUAAACCAUGACUGUCUGCGUGAAUAUAUACUAUCAUAGAGAAGUGAGAAAUAAUGUUUUCUUUGGUAGUUUAGGUGAACUGAUCCUUUAAACACCUGAGGGCUGGAUUUGAAAUAUACAAUAUAUAUCAGAGGUGAAAGUACUUUGUAUCUCCACACAAUACAUUAUGCUAGUUUCAUUCCCCUUUGUGUUUAUGUGUGUGUGUGGGAGACUCUGUAGUAUUUUCCCUUUCAGUGUGGCCUCUGGGCCAUCCAAGGCCUUAAUAUCCAACAACACACUUGCUCCACAGAUGGAACAGAGAGCAGACAAACAGGGCAUGCAGCAUUAAAGCAACAACAGAGACUCUGUACAGUCAACAGCAACAAUCCCUUUAUAUAUUCAUCGGCUUGCAAUACCUCUGACCCGCCUGUUGGUGGCGUUCUGUUCCCCACAUGUGCUGCUGCUGGGAGACACUUGUGUGUUGUUCCCCGGCUUCCUGCUCUUUUGGAUGGAUGGAGGAUGGACAUGGUGUUUCUGCUGAGGAGCCUGAUUCAUUUCAGGCGUGACUCUUGGAGGGAUGGAGGCAGUGUUUCCAUGUAGCUCUCACUCACAGAGACCUGUUAACCUGACAGUAUUUUUACCAAACUGACUGAAGAAUGGGGCCGGAAGUGAUUCAGCAUGAAUGUUGAAAAGACUGCAUCGAAAUCACCGCUGCCCUCAUAAGAGCAAACAUCAUGUUGCUGCUUCCGUCUACUGAACUGUAUAUUUUCAUACAAAAGCGACGUAGAAGAAGAAGCGUCCUCACAUCUCCAGUCCAAAAUGCAAACGUUGUGCUCAAAAUAGUUUCCAGUGCUGAUGCCAUCCUCGCUCCUCUAAGGAAAAGUUCACACUUUUUCAAAGUCUGAUUCAAAACAAUAGUUGGGUGCUUUAAUCAUUGCUCCUGUUCAUAGUGUUCAUUUAAAGAUUUGUAUUGCUCUUCCAAUUUAAGGGAUAGGGGGAAAUCCCAUUAGAGAAAGCCUUCGAUCUAUGCCAGGAUGUGUUAAAACUAAAGUAUAUUGAAGUAUGAACAAAGUCAGUAUCAAGUGAAUAUUUAUUGACUUUUUAAGUAUGACAUUUGAGCAAAACAACAUUUUGGACAAAUUCCAGGUUUUGUUGAGUGAUUUUAAAUGAUAUAAUUAGGUACUCAAAGUGGGCAUUCAGGUGAUGGAGUGGUUUCAAUCACAUUUACUGUAACCCAUAGAUCGAAAUCGCUUAUGAUUAAUAAUUCAAACCAUGUUUUGAAAAUUCUACAUCCCUUUAAAUUCUUUAAAUAUUGAGAAGAGUUGUGACUAGCGAAGAGUUCCUCUCGUGGUAAAGUCUUGAGCGUUGGGUCUUUACAUUUUGGUAUACGCUUUUUUUUUUACGUUUAAAUCGAAAAUAAAAAUCUUUCCUACUAGGUACUAGACACAUUUGUAAGAUAUUAACUUGCAUUUUUGCUUAUGUUAAAGCCUCACUAAACAUUGUCGUGCAUAUUUGCCCUGAAGGGACUGUGUAUUUUGUCCUCCAUACUGGAAGCACAUUGAAAAAGGAUCCUUCAAUCAGCCAUUUUGGAUUUUCAUAUGGGAACCCAACUUUUGUUUUCAGACAGACUUGAGAAACUGUGAAGCCCUCCUUUAAACCCAUGAAAGCUUUUUGAUGCGUGGAACAGUUGUACCUCUUGUUCACGUCAUUUUACUAUGCUGUUGUUUUAUGCCCAGCUUCCACUCCACACAAGAGUGUCUGUUUCCACUCUGUGUGAUCAGCAAUGUCUUCAACCCGACACAAAAGCCAAAAUCAUUCUCUAAAUACUGUAGUUAAUCAACUGUGUAACCUCAUUGUUGUUUUUUUGCACUAGUUAAUGGUGGGAAUAUACUGUAGUUACCAUCUCAUGUUGCUACAUUUGGACAACUCUGUAGUGCAUGACACUUUGUUCAUUUCAGGGUAUACUGUAUGUGCAGGUACGCACACGUCUGUAUAUUUUGUCAGAAAAUGAAAAUAAUGUAAGUAUAUGUGCCAAACAGUAAACAGUUUGAGAGGAUAAGUAUUUAGACUAGGGGUUUUCUGACACUGUGGCUCCCCCCAACACACCGUCCUCCUACUCUCAUAACAAUAUUAACCUUUGUCUUACAUUUAUUUGGAAAAUAAUCAUGUUUUGGAGCUAGGUUUCCCAUAAUGAUUUGCAAGAUGUAAAAAAGGAAGUAUGGGGCCCCAUAAAAAACAAAAUAACAACAUAUUUUUGUUCACAAUUUCGAAGGACAUCAAAUUACGGCAGAAUUUGUGGCAAUAAGGUGCCAACUGUUUUAAAUUACCUUUAUGUCCUCCAUCAGCUGCAUGCAACAGUGUUGGUGAAUUGCCAAAUCAGAAACUACAAUAAUUUGGUUUUAGAGCUCCUGCUUGCACCAGUGUCUUGCACCUGCCUCACCUUCCUUCAAUAAUUGACCUGGGGUGCCCCAGAGUUUGAAAACCCCUGAUUUAGACUGUAUCCAACAUUUUCUUUCCGUAACAGGGGAAAAGUGUACUGAGAGCAUUACUUACUGUACUACUUGACUGGAUUAUCAUGAUUUUUGGUGACUACACCUUCUUAAUCUAAUGUCGUCCAUGUCUGAGGAUGAAAAAAGUGGCUUUAAUGGAAAGCUGAAGAUGUAUUUUUAGCUUUGAAUUGAGAGAAAAAGGUGACCAUGCUGCUGUAAUCGUGGACAGUAAGGAUUUUAGCGAGAUGUCACAGAUCUUUUUAGUGCUGUUGGUAGCAGUUUUUUGGCUACAGACACAUCGUUACCCCAUUUAGCCGAUUGGCUGCUGUUGAAUGUCCGCCCGUUUUAUUCUGAGGCUGUUCAGAAGCCAUGGAUGUGUCAGUGUACAUACUGUAAAGAUGUAUAUGUAGGACUUAUAUGGUUGAGAGUUAUUUAUUUACCUAAAGAUCAUAAUGUUACUCUGGAAAUUUCAGGUGAAAUAUAUUUGAAAAUAUGUAGCAUUUUAUUUGUCACUUUGGCGGUCAUUAAGGCUAAGGACCAACACAAAGUUUUUUUUAGUUUUUACCAGUGCAAUAUUAUUGUUCCAAUCACAGCCAGGCAAAACCGCUAUCACAGCAGGGGCACAAUAUACCACAAUACAAGCUACAGGCAAUCCACAGUCUGAAAUCAUACACACACACCUGCAGUUGUUUCACGUCUCGUGAAGACUAUUUGUAUCUGAGCUACUGUUGACCUCUGCUGUCUCUCUUUACAACAGGCAACCACUGAACGUUUUAUAGGACUUACUGUACCUAUUUUUCAAACUGGAGUAUUUUACAAGACCUUUGAGAUAUAACUGGGGACUGUUUUUUCAGUCACCAGUGGGUGCAUGAAGAAGUGAAAAAUCCCGUAAACGAAGCAGCUCUAUUUAACAAGCUGUUGCAUGUCAUCCAGUCAGAUUGGAACUACUUAACCUUCAUGCUUAACAAUAAUAAACCAGUUAUGUUGUCCUCAAUGUCCUCACUGUCUAAUGAAAUAUAUAUCAAACCAUUAUCCUGAAUAUAUUUGAGAUUAUUGCAAUUAUUGCCACAUUUGGAUAAAACGCUUAAAGAACCAUAUUCGGCUUAGUUUUGAAACACACAGUCCAGAACUAGUUUUAUUCAUUACUAAACGUUUUGUGGUACCACUUUAUAAUAAAGCACCCUAUAUGAUCUUUAUUAAUCACCCAUUAAUAAAGUAAUUACUCACAACUUGUAAAUCCUAUGUAACGGCCGGGUGCCUUAUUGUUACGUUGUACCAAUAUUCUGUAUUAUUCUCAAUUAUUUAUAAAUCCCAACACUGGGGUUGUUAUACAUUUUAAAUAAUCAACUGAAUUAAAUAGUGAUACACAACAUAACUCUAGGUCUGUGACAUAAAUAUAUGGUGGCAAUCAUUCAGAUAUAUUUUGGAUAUUUGCAGUGUUUAAAAUGUUAGAUUAAAGAUUGACAAAUGUUAAAGUAUUUCACUUUAUUUUAACCCUGUUAUUUAGCAUUUAUAAGCAGUAUGUACACAGUUCAGAAUUGGAUUGUAAACAGUUAUUGCAUACUUACUAGAGUAAAUGCUUUAUGACACCGUGUAAGGAUUUACUCAUGCUGCAUGAUUACAACUUUUGUGUUAUGUCAGGUUAAAUUGACUUUUUAUCAAUGUUUGUUUAUGAUCAUCACACUACCAAACAUUAUAGUUUUAUACUCUGUCUAGUGUUAUUGUACUGCCUAUAGAUGCUAAACAGGGGGCUUUAAAUGACAAUAUUACCAGUAUUUCUCUGUAUUCUUUUAGCAACUGUAUACAAACGGCCAUAAACAAUUUUUAAAUGAUUGGUAAGUGUUAUCCUUUCAUAAAUGACAUUAACAACCACUGUUAAAAGCUCUGUGUCCUUGGUUAAGAACACCAGUAUGUUGUUUUCAGACAGAGGAUACAGUAGGUGCUGAUGUCUCAUAGUUCAUGUUCAGGCAGAUCGGGCCGGACUCUCUCUACCAUUGUCUGUUCUGUGGAAUAAAUUACAAUUGGACGGUAA